AUGACGUGGUUCGUCCGGGCCGUUGACUACCACAGCAGCAACAGCAGCACCAGGAUGGCGGACCAGAGCAGGCAAAUAAAACUUGCCGCAGCCAAGAAAAAGCUGAAGGAGUUCCAGCAGAAGAGCUCUCCGACCAGUGUUGGUGGAGAAAGAGGAGGAGGAGUUUUAGGUGGCGCAGGAGCCAAGAAGAAGCGGAAAGUGAAGGGACCCAACCAGUACGAUUCAUCCUCGAUUGACAGAAACUCUCCAGACAAUUUUGACAAUAUUCUCAAAGCACUUAGUCAAAGCAAUGGCCUAAUCCUUCCUGCAUAUGACAAAAGUCAGACCGUAGCCGACAUGGAGACCAUCGGGUCCUCGGGUCCCUCGCCAACGGGCGAGCUUGACCCACACUCAUCCCUGACUAACACUACUAGCACUAACACCGCUACUAACCUCCAGAGUGUCGGCCACCACACUGACAUGCUGCAGGACUACCCUGACACCAAUGGCAAUGAGAGUUUAGCAGAGGAGAAUAGACCACUGUCUUCCACAGAGAGCCUGCGACAGCUCUCUCAGCAACUGAACGGCCUGGUCUCUGGAUCCUCUGCUGCACAUGUGAAUGGCGACUUUUCCCCAUCUGUCGGCGAGAGAGAAUUGGACAGUCGGAACCAGGAGCUGUCUGCUGCCCUGGAGUCCAGCACCUUAACAAACUCUCAGCUCAAUACCAAGCUUGACCAGCUGGCACAACAAUCUCAGGAGCUUGCAGAUCAGCUGCAGAAGGAGCGAAAGGAAUUUGAGCAAAAGUUUUCCAUAGAGCAGGGAGCCAUGCGGGAGCAGCUCCAGGUUCAUAUUCAAACUAUUGCCAUAUUGGUGUCGGAGAAAUCUGAGCUACAGACCGCACUACAGUACACACAACAGGCCGCACGGCAGAAAGCAGGGGAGGCAGAGGAGCUGAAUAGUCGACUGCAGUCAACAAAGCAGAGGGUGUCGGAGCUGGAGAGAACACUUUCCUCAGUAUCGACACAACAGAAACAGUUUGAAAAGCACAACAAAGAGUUAGAAAAAGAGAGAGAUGCCCUGAGGCUAGAGGUAUUUAGACAAAACAAUUUGAGCGACGAGUCCAAACAGCAGAGCUCGGAGCUGUCAGAGCAGCUGAGGCAGAGAGCGCAAGAGACUGGAGCAUUGCGGCUGGAGGUGGAGGAUCUCCACAAGAGGCUCGAGAUCACCGACCUCAUGUUGCAGCAGUGCUCCACCCAGUCGGACCCAAGUAGUGCCAACCAGCAGAUCCAGUUACUGCUGGAAGAAAAGCAACAGAUAGAAGUGCACAAUCACCAGCUGAUGGAGUCGGUUGCCCAGCUGAAGACAGAGAGGGACUAUUAUGCAGAGCAGAUCCAGGAGGGGGGCCGCAUUUGGAAGGACAAAACAGAGCAGCUUCUAACACAAGUGUCACUGGUUGCAGAGGAGAGGGACAGAAACAUUGCACGAGUCCAAGAACUUGAAGAUACAAUCACAGAGCUGAAAAAUGCUGCAGCAGUACUUUCCCAAGAGAGAGAAAACCAGACUGCUGCAGAACCACAGUCCUCAGGCCCUUCAGAGAGGGAAUUAGCUCAACAGGAGGCACUCAACACUUUGCAACUGGAAAAGGACUCUCUCGAUGCGCAUUACCAGUCACAGCUGCGUGACAAUGAGCAGCUGAGUCGCCUGUGCUCAGAGCAAGAAGCGCGUCUGUUGACUCUGGAGGAGCAGGCUGAGAGCCAGGCCCAGGAGGCCGACAACCGUCGCCGCAUGCUGGAAGAAGUUCAGUCUGACAAAGCGACCAUCAGCCGUGCUCUCACGCAGAACCGAACACUAAAGGACCAGCUUGCUGAGCUGCAGAAUGGCUUUGUUCAAUUGACAAAUGAGAACAUGGAGCUGACCACCGCCAUGCAGUCUGAGCAGCAUGUUAAGAAGGAACUUGCGCGCAAGAUGGGCGAACUUCAAGAGCAGCUGCACAACGUCAAGGAGCAGCUGGAAGAGAAAUACAAGGAGGCUCAAGGUCUGGCCGAGCAGAGGGACCAGGUGGCGGCCCACCUGCAGCAGUACAGCGGCGCCUACCAGGCGCUGGCCUCCGAGAGGGAGCAGCUCAACCAGCAGUAUUUCACGCAGAGCCAGCUCAUGGACCGGCUGCAGCAUGAUGAGUCCCAGGGCCGCGCUCAGCUGGAAGUCAGCCAGAAUGAACUGAAGCGAGCGCAGGAGCAUUUGGAUCAUUUGGUGAAAGAUAAUGAACAUUUGAAGGCUGAGGUGAGGGAGCUGCUCAACAGUUCAGCUCUACGCUUGGCAUCCAGAGAUGAAGGAGACGGAGUGGAAAGCCAGUUGCCUCAAGAGAGCGUUGCAGAAUCAUCCGCCAUUGUCAUCCCGCAAGACUUUGAGAGCCAGAAAGAAAUGGAAGAGUUCAUCCGCGGUGCGUUAGCCGGGUUGGAGGCGGAGCGAGACGAGGCCAGGAGGCAGCUGAGUGAGGAGCACCGACUCCACAUGGCCGCAAAGCACCAGGCUGCUGUGGCUCUCAGCCUCGAGCAGCACAGCCACCGUGGGCAUCAUGAUCACGAUCGCCAUCAUGAUCAUCAGCACACUCAGGGCCAAAAUAGUCACUGUGAACACAAUCUCCAACAUUCAGAAAGAGGAGGAGUACCAGUGGAAGUUCAUCAAGCGUUACAGACGGCAAUGGAGAAACUCCAGCAGCGGUUCACUUCGCUCAUGCAGGAGAAGGCCGAUCUGAAGGAGCGCGUGGAGGAGCUGGAGCACCGCUGCAUCCAGCUGUCCGGCGAGACAGACACCAUCGGAGAGUACAUUGCCCUGUACCAGAGCCAGAGGGCCAUCAUGAAGCAGAAGCACCAGGAGAAGGAGCAUUACAUCAGCAUGCUAGCUCAGGACAAAGAGGAGAUGAAGGCAAAGCUGGCAGAGCUGCAGGACCUGGUCAUGAGGCUGGUGGCUGAGCGGAAUGACUGGUACAGCAGAUACGCCGGUACAGUGGGCGGCGUGGUCUCUGCGAACCCCGACCUCCUUCCUGUUGGCAAGGACCACCGUCACCCCAAAGAACAUGCACACGGUGACGACCUCAAUGCUGGUAGCGAAGCAGAAGCCAUGGAGAUCAUCCCUCUUUCUGAGCCCACCGCCAGCCAGGAAGCCCCCUCGCCUGACACCUCGCCCCCCGCUGAGCCCAAGGAGGACGGCACGGCGCGCCAGAUCAUGCAACUGCUGCAGGAGAUCCAGAACCCGCAAGGGCCACCGAGGCUGCCCCCCUUCAUGGGCGAGAAUCCCUGCAUCCCCUUCUUCUACCGUCCCGACGAGCAAGACGAGGUGAAGAUCCUGGUGGUGUGAGACCGCAACGCUGCUCCUCCAUAUAGUCAACGUACGCUCAAGUGCAAUAACAGGGCCUCACGUCUCCUUACUUGUGACACUUCACGUUUGAAUGUACUACUUAUCAAAAACUGGAGUGUGCGUGUGCGAGGCGGAGUCUGAUGCGUAAGUUCAUAUCUUUGAUGAGAUAAUAGAAGUUAAUUGCACUAAAACGGUUUGUACAAAGCUUUGCGAUGAUGGAUCCUAUGACGCCUUUACAGCUGAGGGUGCCAUUUAGAAAGAAAUAAGUAGGAUAGAUGGAAGUGUUAUAGUUACUAAACCUUUGCGCCAAAUUUGCCAAAAUUGUGUGUGUAAUCUACCAUUAACUGUAUUGCUUCUGUUGUACUGGGCAGCCACACCCUUCCCCCUGUCAAAGGAAGUAGCAUUUCUUGCUUUGAAGUUGCAUCACUUCGUUGUGUCUCAUCUUUUCAUUUGUUGCAUUCUGUUACUGUCCUUCCAAAUACGCCACCAGUUGAUGUCUUUGUUCUUUGGGAGUGAUCCAAGGAACUAUAUCAGGGGUGUCCAAACUACAGACUGGGGUGCUUUGCAACUCACCGUCCAUUUUUUUCCCUUUUUUUUUUUUUUUUUUAAACGAGGCCCUUAGUAUAUACAUACACACAAAGAAAAAACUGUGUGUGGCAGGAUGAAAAGUGUGGGUGUCAAAAAAAUGGAGGUCUGAAAACCAACAUCCGCCAUGGGUUGUGGCGCACCUGACAACUACGACGAGGACUACUACUACUACUAACAACAACAAUAAUGAAUUGUUUUUAUAUAGCGAUUUUCUAGAUACGGUAAGUUGUAACAUUUCUCCCAUGUCGAUGAAUCAAGUUAAUGCCUUGUGAGAAGCAAAUAUGGUUUACUCCACAAAUGGUCAUCUUACUACAGAUUGUGCCUCUUUUAGUUCUGAAUGUGGCGAUCUGCGCAGUGCUGCAAUAUCUAUAAAACUAUAUCAUUGUGCGAUGGAUUGAUUUUUAGCUUGUUUAAUAAAUGAAGUGAAUUGAAGUUGAAGAAUUUCGAGGUGGCCCUUGUAUCCUUCAAUUUUUCUGUAUGGCACCUCAAAGUAAAAAGUUUGGACACCCCUGAAAGGGUGGUAUCUCUACACUGUUACUUUGUGAUUGAAAGCAAGGAGGAGAGGGAGAGCAGUGAUCAUACAAGGUGGGGUGUAUAUAUUGUAAGUGUGUAUCAUAUUGUAUAUUUGUGGCUGGGCGUGUAUGUGCAAAGGUGAUGGUUAGUGGCUGACAGGCUGAGAUUUAAUACAAAGAAAGACUAAAAGAGAGAGGAUGUAUCUUAUUUAUUAUUAUUUGGAAUGAUUUAGUGACUCAACCAAUCAGUUUUGGAUGUCAAAGUAGAAAUCUUACAAAAGGAAGUGUACUGAUGUGUUUGCUUUGAUCCCCCCUUACUGAAUAAAACUGAUUGAGCAACA